AUGACUGAUGUCGCAACUCGUCCCAACAACCCUCUGCGGAACGACGAAGACGCCAUCAACGAUGCUGUAACGAGACAGCAGCAGCCUCUGCCAUCAUCAGCAUCAACAACAAACGUCGACAGCAGCGCUAUUCGCCAUGAAGAAGCGAUCGAGAUAGACGCCGCAGCGCCGUCAACAGCCUCAGCGGGCGAGUCGGACAUGGACGACGAUGACGACAAUGUCGCCGACCCCGUUGAGACCGUGAGCAUCACCAUCUCGCAUCGCGGCCAGAAGCUGCCCUUUGAGCUGGACGCCGACAACAACGUCAUGGACCUAUUCUGCGAGAUCGAAGCCGUCCUCGAGAUCCCGAUCCAGAACAUCAAAGUCAUGGUGCCCAAGGGACCAUUCAUCAAGUAUCCCUUCAAAGACCCCGAGUACUCGGUCAAGAACCUCGCCGGCAAGACAAUCUCCGUCAUGGGCUCAACCGCAACCGACGUCCAGGCCGUGCAGACCAUGUGCCACAAGCUGCACAAGAUCAAGGCCGCCCGCGAGGCCCAGCGAUCCAAGGCCAAGUCAAAGACGACCCGGCGCCGCACAGCCGCAUCUCCAGAAGAUCUCAAAUACACCUUUAUGCAGGUUCGGCCGCUGGGCGGGCUGCCUAACCCGGACCGCAGUCUGAAGCUGCUGAUGCGCCUCAAGGAAGAUCCGGGCAUCAAGGCAGCCAUGAAGAAGCACAAGUUCACGGUGGCGCUGCUGACGGAGAUGGAGCCGCUGGCACACACCGAGUCGACGCACGAGGGCACGACACGCAUCCUGGGACUGAACCGCAAUCAGGGCGAAGUGAUUGAACUGCGUCUGAGGACGGAUGCGCACGACGGAUAUCGUGACUACAAGACGAUUCGGAAGACUCUGUGCCACGAACUCACGCACAACGUCCAUGGACCCCAUGACAGACAGUUUUGGGAUCUUUGCCACCAGAUUGAGCGCGAGGUCGACGCAGCCGACUGGAAGACAAGCGGCCGGACAAUCGGCGAGUCAUCGCGCUACCACAUCUCAGGCCAGGAUGAAGAGGAAGACGUUCAUGAAGACGAUGGCGGCUGGACAGGCGGCGAGUUUGUGCUGGGCGGCAGCAACAGCAAGAUGAGCAGCGCGGGCCUCAGCCGACGAGAGAUUCUGGCGCAGGCGGCGCUGGAGAGGCAGCGAAAGGAGGCGGAGGAGGAGGCGACGGCGGUGGAAGCGGUGGAAAAGGGAUGGCGGCCGUGCCAGAGACCACAGCCACCGAACAAUGAUCGUAACUUGUGA